CCGAAAAUAGUAAGGUUCAAAACAAGGAAACCAACUUGCAAGGUAAGUUACAGAGUAUUCUUGUGUCAAUGUUGAAAAAGAGUGACCUUUCAAGUCCCAUGGCAACCACAUACCUCGGAAAGCUAAUGCUUAGCUCUGAAAAUGGAGAAUCAGAUGAAGAAGAAAAAUGGGUCUCUCACUAUUCAUCCAACCAUCAAAUACUGUUAGUUGGUGAAGGGGAUUUCUCUUUUUCUUUGAGUUUGGCCAAUGCUUUUGCCUCUGCCUCUAACAUUUGUGCUUCUUCCUUGGACUCCUAUGAUAUUUUGAUGAAGAAAUACAAGAAUGCAAUUUCAAAUUUGGAAAAUCUUGAGAAGCUAGGGGCAUGCUUACUACAUGAAGUGGAUGCAACCAAAAUGAAGCAUCAUACUGACUUAGCCAACCGAAAGUUUGAUCGAAUCAUCUUCAAUUUUCCACAUGCUGGCUUUCAUGGAAAGGAAGAUAAUCCCCAUAUCAUUCGGAUGCAUAGGAACCUUGUACAAGGUUUCUUUAGAAGUGCAAGGGGCAUGCUUCGAGCUAAUGGUGAAAUUCAUGUAAACCACAAGACCAACACUCCAUUUUCCUUAUGGAAUCUUAAGAAAUUAGCUUCUGGAUGCUCUCUGGCAUUGAUUCAGCGGGUAGAUUUCAAUGUAGAAGAUUACCCAGGAUAUCACAACAAGAGAGGGGAUGGUUCAAGAUGUGAUGAACCCUUUCCUCUUGGCAAGAGCAGCACCUUCAAAUUCGGCUUUUGCCCUAGAGCUAAGAAGGCGUCUAAAGCAACCGAAAGAUGGGGUUCAAUGUGUAAAAAAUCUCAGCAUUUUCAAACCAUUCCAAUGCCAAUGCAGCUGCAUUCAACUUCUGAUUUCAACUAUCAUCGAAGCAAUCAUACUGUGAAUCGCAUCCCACUGCAUGUUAAACUGCAUCCUAUCAUCCCUAACCAGAAUCAAUACUCCGGGGUCUUCGAUAGAAACUUUAAUGAUUUUGUCCUAACAUGUCAAGCGAAUAGCCUGAGGUCUGCAAGAUAUGAUGGUCUAGGAAGCUUGAGGCAUGGUCUUGACAGACAAUUGGUAGAGGUGCCGAGACCCUUGAAUGGUAACUUGCCUUACAUGCAUGAGCACAAGCAUGAGCAUGAACGAGUGAGGCAUAGUCUUGACAGACAAGUGGUAGGGGUGCUAAGAACCAUAAAUGAUAACUUGUAUUACACGUAUGAGCAUGAGCAAGCAAGGCAUAGUCUUGACAGACAAAGGGUAGAGGUGCCAAGAACCUUACAUGGUAACUCGUAUUACAUGCAUAAGGAUGAAAAUAGUCUUGACAGACAAAUGAUAGAGAUGCCAAGAACCUUAAAUGGUAACUCGUAUUACAUGCAUGAGCACAAGCCAGCGAGGCAUAGUGUUGACAGACAAAUGGUAGAGAUGCCAAGAGCCUUGAAUGGUAACUUGUACUACAUGGAUGAGCAUGAGCAUGAACUUGCCCAUAUUAGCAAUUCGAGGCCUCAUCUUCCCAGGGCGCUUGCAUGUCAAGCCUACCGGCUGAAAGUACCUAAUACUCGGGAUGUUCUUCGUUUGUAAAUGCAUGGAAUCUACUGCUUUUUUGUCUGUGCCAGUUACAUAGUGCAUCAGCAUAAAAUGACGAGUACAUACAACUUGCGAUGCUGACCAUGUAAAGUCAGAAAUGCUUAACCUUCCUCCGAAACUAGUUAUAUUUUGUCUAUGGAACAUACAAUGUAAUGCUUAAGUACUAGUAUUGGGGUUAAAUUGAUAAAUUUUGUAAA